GUAUUGCUGAACAAAAAAAAAAAACUUUAGCUGGCGCUGAUCCUUCACACAUACAACAAAUCUUAUACAUUCUCCCCAGAAAUACAUCACGAAGUCCACAUUUUAAUCGGAACCGGAGCCGGAGGAUUAUUAGAAGCAGUCAUGAUAACAUCUGCCGCUGGGAUCAUUUCCCUUCUUGAUGAGGAGCAGCCACAGCUGAAGGAGUUUGCUCUGCAUAAACUAGACUCCAUUGUGAACGACUUCUGGGCUGAGAUUUCCGGAUCUGUAGAUAAAAUUGAGGUCUUAUAUGAGGAUGAAUCUUUUCGGAGCCGAGAAUUUGCUGCCCUGGUGGCCUCAAAGGUUUUCUACCACCUCGGAGCCUUUGAAGAAUCUCUGAAUUAUGCUCUUGGAGCUGGGGACCUUUUCAGUGUUACAGAUGACUCAGAAUAUGUGGAGACCAUCAUCGCCAAGUGCAUCGAUCACUACACCAAGCUGAGGGUGGAAAAUGCAGAGCUGUCAGAGGAUGAGGAGAAGAAGAGUAUCGACCAUCGCCUUGAGGGCAUCGUCAACAAGAUGUUUCUGCGGUGCUUAGAUGACCACAAGUACAAACAGGCUAUUGGCAUUGCCUUGGAGACCAGACGUCUUGACAUUUUUGAGAAGACGAUUCUCGAAUCGAAUGAUGUGAGCGGCCUCCUCGCUUACAGCCUAAAGGUCUGCAUGUCCCUAAUGCAGAACAAGAAGUUCCGUAACGAGGUGCUGCGCGUGCUGGUCAAACUGUACAUGAACCUGGAGAAGCCAGAUUUCAUCAACGUUUGUCAGUGCCUCAUUUUCCUGGAUGACCCGCAGGCUGUUAGCGACAUCCUAGAGAAGCUGGUAAAAGAGGACAACCUCCUAAUGGCCUACCAGAUCUGCUUUGACCUCUACGAAAGCGCCAGCCAACAAUUCCUCUCCUCCGUCAUUCAGAACCUGCACACCGUAGGAACGCCCAUCCCUGCGGUGCCUGGCUCCACAAACACAGGCACUGUUCCCGCAGCAGACAAGGACAGUGAAGCAAUGGAGACUGAUGAAAAGGCUGGAAGCUCACCAGCUGGAAAGGCUGUAGAAACUAAGGAAGAACCGAAAGACCAGAAUGCCAAAAUGAUCAAAAUCCUUAGCGGGGAGAUGACCAUAGAGCUGCACCUGCAGUUCCUCAUCCGAAAUAACAACACAGAUCUGAUGAUUCUGAAAAACACAAAGGACGCAGUUCGAAAUUCGGUGUGUCACACAGCCACAGUUAUAGCCAACUCCUUUAUGCACACAGGAACCACAAGUGAUCAGUUCCUCAGAGAAAACUUAGAGUGGCUAGCAAGAGCCACUAACUGGGCAAAGUUUACAGCCACAGCAAGCCUGGGUGUCAUUCAUAAGGGUCAUGAGAAAGAGGCGCUCCAGUUGAUGGCCACAUAUUUGCCUAAAGACAUCUCCCCAGGCUCUGCCUACCAGGAAGGGGGAGGCCUGUAUGCUCUGGGCCUCAUUCAUGCCAAUCAUGGUGGGGACAUCAUUGAUUAUCUCCUCGGUCAACUCAAGAAUGCAAGCAAUGAUAUUGUCCGUCACGGCGGAGCCCUUGGGCUGGGUUUAGCUGCUCUGGGCACAGCCAGGCAGGAUGUUUAUGACCUGCUAAAGUCCAACCUUUACCAAGAUGAUGCUGUCACUGGUGAAGCUGCGGGCUUGGCUCUGGGUCUGGUCAUGCUGGGCUCCAAGUCGGCCCAGGCGAUUGAGGACAUGGUGGGCUACGCUCAGGAGACUCAGCACGAGAAGAUCUUACGUGGCCUUGCAGUGGGGAUUGCCCUGGUCAUGUACGGUUGCAUGGAGGAGGCUGACACCCUCAUUGAGAGCCUCUGCAGAGACAAGGACCCCAUCUUGAGGCGAUCUGGUAUGUACACUGUUGGCAUGGCGUACUGCGGCUCUGGGAACAACAAGGCCAUCCGACGCCUGCUACAUGUUGCUGUGAGUGACGUGAACGAUGACGUUAGAAGAGCUGCUGUUGAGUCCAUUGGCUUUAUCCUUUUCAGGACUCCGGAGCAGUGCCCCAGUGUGGUGUCUCUUCUGUCGGAAAGCUACAAUCCUCACGUGCGCUGCGGGGCUGCCAUGGCUCUGGGCAUCUGCUGCGCUGGGACAGGCAACAAAGAGGCUAUCAAUCUGCUGGAGCCAAUGACCAAUGAUCCAGUGAACUACGUGAGACAAGGUGCCCUCAUUGCCUCUGGCCUCAUUAUGAUCCAGCAGACUGAGGUUACCUGUCCCAAGGUGAACCAGUUCAGGCAGCUUUACGCCAAAGUGAUCAACGACAAGCACGACGACGUUAUGGCGAAGUUCGGCGCCAUCCUGGCCCAGGGAAUCCUCGAUGCAGGUGGACGCAACAUGAGCAUCUCUCUGCAGUCCAGGACUGGUCACACCCACAUGCCGUCGGUCGUCGGCCUGCUGGUCUUUACUCAGUUCUGGUUCUGGUUCCCUCUGUCGCACUUCCUGUCGUUGGCCUUCACACCGACCGCCAUAAUCGGCCUCAACAAGGACCUCAAGAUGCCGAAGGUGCAGUACCGCUCCAACUGUAAGCCCUCCACCUUCGCCUACCCACCAGCUCUGGAGGUUCCCAAGGAGAAGGAGAAGGAGAAGGUUUCCACCGCUGUUCUCUCCAUCACAGCCAAAGCCAAGAAGAAGGAGAAGGAGAAGAAGGAGAAGGAGGAGGAGAAGAUGGAAGUGGAAGUCCAGGAGGGUGAGAAGGAGAAGGAGAAGAAGGACGAGGAGAAGGAAAAAGAGAAGGAAAAAGAGAAGGAAAAAGAGAAGAAGAAAGAGGUAGAGCCCAACUUCCAGCUUUUGGAGAACCCGGCCAGAGUGAUGCCGGCUCAGCUCAAAGUCCUGAUGAUGCCGGAGUCCUGCCGCUACCAGCCAUUCAAACCGCUUCACACAGGGGGGAUCAUCAUCCUGAGGGACACCAGCGAGGAGGAAGAGGAGCUGGUGGAACCCGUCUCAGCUCACGGACCCAAAAUAGAAGAGGAAGAGCAGGAGCCAGAACCUCCUGAGCCUUUCGAGUACAUUGACGAGUAGAAAUGCUCUCCAAAUAAUGACACGAGAAGACGUCUGAUAGCAACACUUCACUUCGCUCUGCUGUGUGUGUGUGUGUGUGUGUGUGUGUGUGUGUGUGUGUGUGUGUGUGUGUGUGUGUGUGUGUGUGUGUGUGUGUGUGUGUGUGUUUGUCUUAUCCGUUCAUAUCCCUGCUUUCCUUCUUCUUUUACACGUUCCUUUCCUGUUGUGGCUGCUCAUUGGCUACUCAAGAAAUAUACCACAUCAUUUUUUUCUGGUUUCUGUUCAAUAAAGAAAAACAGGACAUAA